GUCGGACCCACUCCGCCAGCGGUUUCGCCUCAGCCCAGCGCGCACACAGCAUGGGCGCGCCUUUGCUCUUACUCCCGCUCGUCCUUCUGGCUGGUCAAUCUUCUGGCGCUCUGCCCGGCGUAUCAGUCCCGCAGGCUGUCAACCUCUGGAAACUCAACCAGGCGGCAGCGGCAGCGUCACGCGCGACAACACCGCGCGGUCUACUUGUGCAGGCUCCACAGGACGCGCUCUCCUACACGGAAGAACCACCGGAGUUCCCGGCGCAGUAUUUAACCCAACCGCUCGACCAUUUUUCCAAUGACUCGCACACGUUUGAGCAGCGGUACUGGAUCAACACGCGGCAUUACAAGCCAGGCACAAAUGCACCUGUCAUAGUGCUUGAUGGCGGAGAGACGUCUGGGGAAGACAGAAUUCCGUUCCUGGACACAGGGAUCGUCGAGAUUCUAGCCCACGCUACUGGCGGAGUUGGCGUGGUUCUUGAGCAUAGAUACUAUGGAACAUCAAUGCCGGUGGAGAAUCUCACCACGGACUCGUUGAGAUGGCUCAAUAAUGAUCAAGCUGCUGCAGACUCCGCCUACUUCAUGUCCAAUGUUAAGUUCACUGGCAUUGAGGAGGACCUGACCGCUCCCAACGCUCCUUGGAUAUACUAUGGCGGAUCUUACGCGGGCGCAAGAGCAGCACACAUGAGGGUUAUCUAUCCGGACCUCGUCUACGGGGCCAUAGCGUCUAGCGGCGUGACACACGCCGCCAUCCAGAACUGGGAAUACAUGGACAUCAUCCGCCGCGCCGCAGAGCCGGAAUGCUCGUCCAAUAUCCAGUCAGCCAUCGAGACGAUCGACACCGUCCUGUCCAUCCCCCACCUGCGCAUCGUCCUGAAGCGCCUCUUUGGCCUGGAAGAGCUGGUGCAUGAUGAUGACUUUGCCUCCCUUCUCGAGAGCCCCAUGGGCUACUGGCAAGGCAAGAACUGGGACCCAUCUGUUGGGAGCACUAAGUUUGAAGAAUUCUGUGAUGUGCUGGCCAAGCCACCGACCGGCUCCGAGCUGACUGCCUUGUCGGAUGGCAUGUCCUAUGACGAGUUGACGGGCACAAUGUCUCUCCCCGGAGGACUCAACGUUCCUCUUGUCGUUUACAACUACGCGCAAUACGUUAAGGAGCAUUUCGUGUCGAUGUGUCCGGAAGGCUUCUCAGUCGAAGACUGCUUCGGAACUUAUGACGACGCCAGAUACCAUGACACAACUGUCGAGGAUACAUGGAGGCUCUGGCUCUUCCAAGUCUGCACCGAAUGGGGCUACUUCAUGACCGCUCCGCCCGAAGGCCACCCUCGGAUCAUUUCCCGCCGCCUGACGCUCGAGUACGAGUCGAAAAUUUGCCGGCAGGCCUUCGAGCCCGGCAAACACUUCAUCGUCCCAUCGAUGCCGAACAUCACCGCGGUGAACGCCUUGGGCGACUUCACCAUCGCUGCGGAUAGGCUCGCGAUCAUUGACGGCGAGGUUGAUCCCUGGAGGCCGGACACACCGCACAGCGAGUACGCGCCUGACCGCCUGGACACGAUCCUCCGGCCGUUCAAGCUCAUCCCGGGCGGUGUGCACCACUACGAUGAAUACGGUCUGCGCGACCUGUCGGCUGAGCCGCCCGAGAUCGAGAAGAUCCAUAGGGAGAUGAUUGAGUUUGUCACGGCGUGGCUGGAGGAGUGGGAGCCCCCGAAGAGCGCCUAAGUGAUGGCAAGUGUUGUUUUAUGUAAAUUUGUGCGAGGCAUACCGAGAGUAUGUACAGGCUUGUAGAUACGGAUUUGCAUAAGGACUAGGGAAUGGAGGAAUUAGUUGUUACU